AUGAGCGACAGCCGGUCCACUACUUUGCGUGUGAGCGUUGGGGACACGGAAGUGUCCAUUCAGAUCCAUCCAGGCCGAGAGCCUGCUUCUACUUCUAGCCACGGCGGCAGGGAGUGGGAAAUUGUCGGUGAGCCGGAGGGCGAGAGUGCCAGGCUGGCCGUGGAACUCGUUCCGUCUACCGGGGCUGUUCCUCUUCAUCUUGUGCGCCGUGCUCGGCUUGCCUCCCGAUCUGACUGGACACCUCAAAGGCGCUUGGAGAGAGCCUUUGAGUUUGGCAAGCAAGACGCCGAGUGCGCCUUGGAGGGCCGCUAUCAGGCCCCCCGUGACUCCUUCCCCAUCCAGACAGCGGUCUACGUUAUCCUCUACGACCCGUCAGGGAACUGGCCCAGAAUCACUCGGUCUUCUGCCAACUACUUCAGGGCCGUCCAGGAGCCGCUUGGAAUUUGGCGAAAGGGAAUUGUGCUGACACUGUUCAGCGAGGCGGUGGACCUUCUCUUGCUCAAGUGGCCGGUCAAAGGGGAGGGACUGUUCUUAGCAAUCCCUUGUCGAGUGUGCGAUCAAGGAAUCAUCUUGGCUUUGCCGGUGAAUGCGCUGCCCACCCAGGUUCUGGACGAGGCGGCCGAAGGGGCGGGCGACGGUCUAGUAGGCCCCAGCUGGGUCACCACAGUGGCGGCUCAAGGAGCCGAGGAAGACACGGAGCCCCUGGAAAUCUUGCUGGUGGAGUUUCGGAUGAACGUCCGACUCCAGCUGGAGCGGCGAAACCCUCGGACUCGGCGAACCGUGGUGGGCUUCACCCAGGACCUCCGAGUGCUUCCAGACUUUCGAGAGCUGGACGAUGCUGUGUCAGGCUGGAUCGAGACGGGCGAGGAGCGCCUGGAAGAUUACUUUACGGCGGCCGAGGAGCUUGGAAUAAAUCCUCCCCCCACGGGGGCACCUCAGGCACCGGAACCAGACCGCCUGGUAGCAUUGAUGGCCCAGCUCUCGGAAAUCAAGGAAGCCAUGGACAGUCGCUUUGCCAAACUGGAGGGCCGCGUCGAUCAGGCCCAGUCGAAAGCGGCAGGCAGAGCGGGAGCAACGCCAAAGGCAUCAAACAAGCCGCCUUCGCCCGCCGGUGGUGGCGUAGGAAGGCUGGAUGCGGGACGGGAUCGCAUGGAGACAAUGUUGGAUGCCGUGAGGAGCCAGGUAAACCCUCCGCCGCCCCGGACUCAGGACGAGCCCGGUCGGACAGGAGAGACGGCCGUGGCGCAAGAGCUUCUGCAGAAUCUGGAUGGCGAUGCUGCGAAAAGCGGGGCUUCGACGGACGAUCUCCUCAAGAUUGCGCUGGUGAAGAUGUUGCAGGGCAAGCAGACCAAGCGAAGUCGCAAACUUCCGGGACUGCCGUCCUGGGAGGAAUCCGAAUCCAGCGACGGGGAGGCCAAGGAUGGAGGAGCAUGGUCCUCGACGAGCAAGGGAGGUCGUGGGAUCGAAGCGGUCGAGAAGCUCAACGCUGCAAUGCGCUCCCAUCCGGAAGCUUACCAGGAACGAAUGGAGUCUCGCAUGAUGCGAGCGAUCGAGGCUUCGGAGCUGACGCCGAUGGUUCCUCUCCAAUUUGCCAAGACUUGCCCAGUCGGGCGGUCCCGAACUGCCGGCUACUGCCUCCAGGGCUUUGCUCAGACUCACAAGCUGCUCCUAGAAAACAAGCCGAAGCAAGCUCGCCUACACGUGUUGAGGAUGAUGUCGGCUCUGGAGCAGUUCUUGAUCGACGAGAAUUGGGCAGUGGCAAGUCGGAUCACGGGAAUGGAAGAACCACCCUGGGGCCACUGGUCUACUCAGGACCUCGGGGCCCUACGACGGCAAUACGUCUACACCCGGCUCAGCGAAGCGACCUGGAUCGGGGCCCUCAUCAACGAGCUGAAGGAGGAGGAGUGGCUCGUGAAGAAACGGGCGGCCGUGCCGAGCAAGGCAAAGGGCGGAGGCAAGGCGCAGGGAGACCAAGACGGAGCAACGGACGGAACAUUCACGGCUACACAGGCUUUGCCUGUAGUAGCUGAACGCCUUAGUUUGCCGGAGUCGGUUCAGGACUUUGAUCCUCUUCCGUUCCUUUCGCCUACUUUUCGGCAGAUUUAUGAGAAGCCCGACGAUUUUCUGAAAGAUGAGAGUGAGAUGCCUGAACCUAUCCGAGUGAGAGGAACCGCGACUCGCGCAGAACUUCUGAAGGUUAUGGCGCGAUGGGAUGCGUUGGGCCGUUUGUUCGUGUGCAAGGGAUCGGAAGUUUCGAGUAAGGACCGUUGUGAGUUGUUUGCGGUCGGGAAGGACGAAACUAAAGAUCGCCAGAUUUUGCAUCGAAAGCGCCGCAACCUUCGGGAGCGUCACGUCGCGGGGGCGUCUCGCGACUUGCCUCAUGGGGUGCUUCUGUGCCAGUUGCCUCUUGAGGGGUGCCGCAUUUGCGCGUGCUCGGUUGAUGAUGUGAAGGAUUUUUAUCAUGCCUAUAAGGCUUCGGAGGCAAGGGCCAGGAGCUCUCCUGUGGGACCGUUGUUUCGGAGCGGGGAGGUGGCACAUUUAACCGCGUACCAAGAUGCACUGGCCAAAGGGCGGGUUCAUUCUGGUGAUAUGGUGGCUUGCUGCUUUAAGGGGUUAGGUAUGGGGGACCACGCUGCUGUUGACAUUGCGCAGGAAAGUCAUGUUAACUUGCUUAGGGCCUACGGGGCUAUGAAAGAAGGCGAGGUCCUCAAAUACCGUGAUCCGGUGCCGCAUUCCGAGAGUGGGUUCUUAGAGGGCAUUAUGAUAGACGAUCACCUGGGGUUACAAAUGCUGGAGAAGAAGAAGACCAUGAGGGAAACCUUGGAACAGCCUGGGCGUGAUCAAGAAGUGUUUGCGGCUGCUGAAACGGCUUACCGAAGCCAUGGCCUACAACCUCAUCCAAAGAAAAGGGUUCGUCGUGAUCUUCAUUCCAAAGUCUGGGGAGCUGAAAUGGAGGGUGGAAAAGGCUUGGUAGGACCAGCUCGCGGGCGGCUUCUGGGAUUGGCGAAACUGUCCUCGGAAAUGGCGCAAACAGGACCUGUUGAUGAACGCAUCGUUGAAGGAGUGCUAGGUCUUUGGGGAUAUUGCGCCCAAUACCGUCGUCCAAUGUACAGUUUCAUGUUUGAGGUUUACAGGCAGGCGAGCCCGGAAGGUACAGACAAGCCGUUUAGGCUUACUUCAGGCGCUCGCAACGAGUUUGGAGUUUUAGCUUGUUUAGCCCCUCUUUGCCUCAAUGACCUUAACGUCCUCCCGAGUCCUGAUAUCUUUUGUGUUGACGCGUCGCCUAGCGGUGCGGGAGUUUGCAGGGCUAGGGUUGGGGUUCAGGUUUCGAGGGAAAUUUGGAGGCGAGGGGAUAAGAUGGGUUUUCGCGCUCCGCUGUUGUCCAAGGUCUCAGCCUGUCUGAAAGGAUCUGGUUGGGACGAAGAGGCGGUGGCGGAUCUUCUAGAUGAAUCUGAGCCGGAGGCUGAGAUACAAGGGGGACCUGGGACUGCAUCGGACAGGCAGUUUCAGAGUCCUUCCUCUUUUGCAGAGAGCUACCUGGACACCUUUGCGCGGCAUGGCUGGAGGCUUGCCAUUCCCUCUCAACUAGGAGAGGGCGCUUUCGAUUUCCUUGAGGUGUAUACAGGAGAUGCUCGGAUGUCCGCGGCUUGGGCAGCGGAAAAGUUCAGAGUGCUUCCACCUUUGAAGCUGGACGAGGGAUGUGAUUUCAAAGAUCAGUCGUUGUUUUGGGGGAUUUUAGGGAUGGUUAGGUGUAGGAGAGUUAAGUUUGUUUGGUUGUCUCCUCCCCGUACUAGCUUCAGUCCGGCUCGCACUCCGAGACUGCGUAGUUGGAAACAACCCUGGGGACUCCAGCUGUUGGAUAAAGCCACGAUGCUGGGUAAUCUCCAUGCCGCACAGUCUUUACUUUUAGUUUGGGUUCAGGCCUUUUCGGGUUUAAAGUUUGCGCUUGAACAACCUGCUUUGGGAGUACUGCGGAGCGUGGGCCCGUGGGUCUCCCUGUUGAAAGCUGGAGCGUUUGAAGUGAUGUUUGAUUGGUGCCAGUACGAUUGUGAUUUCCGGAAAUCGACUAGGAUGCUUACGAACUUUGAGGCCCUUAAGAGUCUGAGCUCUAGGUGUAGGCAUAGGAAGUCGCAUGGGACGCCGGACAACAACCACACUUCGGACAUGCAGUCACACAGCGAAGCUUUUUGUAAGCAGGUUGUCACUCUUUGCAAGGCUGUUUGGGACUUUGAGGAUGAGUUUAAAACGGGAGCUUGUCACGAAGAAGCUGCUGCGAAAGUGGUUCGUUCUUCGAAGGCUCGUCAGAAGAGGAGCUCAACUUUGUGGGCCGUGCAACUCUCUGAAAGUUUGCGUUGGAGGACUAUCAUGCAGUAUCGCUUUCGAACCGUGACGCACAUCAACAUUCAAGAGGCUAAAGCUAGGAGGUCGUUGGUCAAACGUAUGCAGGGUUCUAGUAGGGUCGUGGUUUGCCAGGAUAGCAGGGUUAAUUUGGGUGCUUUGGGUAAAGGUCGGAGUCCCUCUGAGGCCCUCAACGCUGUGAUGAGAACCGAGGCCCCGCACCUUCUUGGCAAAAACCUUUACUUGUCGGGAGUACACCUCCCUACCUGGUCCAUUCGCGCGGACGCCCCUAGCCGUUCGGCUCCUGUGGAGGAGCCUCGUGCGCCCGUGCCUUCAUGGUUCUGGCAACUCCGGAGGGGAUCGGCGGAGGCGAGAAGGUGCUUAGAUGACCUACAAGGUCUGCCGAGGGCACUCAAUCGUUGGUUUCUGCUGGGUGGUGCUCUGCUUCUGCGUGCUUCCGGUCGCGGCGCCUCGAGUGCCGAAUCGGGCCCCUCGGUCACCGAGAAGACUCAUGCCAUCCGGACGCAGCUCAUCCUGGACCUGGAGGCGUGGCUGCUGCCUCAGGUCCCGGGGUUCACUGUGGAGAUGCUGGCCAGGAGCUUCACCGACGUGCUGUCCGAAUGGCUCGAAGAAUAUAUGAUUUUCAUGUUUCUUCAGAACAAAAGUCGACGAGCAGCGGCGGAGACUUUGAACGCUCUGGCUCAGCAGUUUGGCUGGCUGAGAUCCUCGCUUGCAGGGCCCUGGAAUGUGAUCCGAACCUGGGAAGGAUUGGAGCCGGUCCAGCAUCAUCCUCCGAUUUCUGCUCCAAUACUACGUGCACUUGUCGUUACUGCGCUGCUGUGGAAAUGGCGGCGACUGGCGGUAGUGUUGGUGUUGGGCUUUUUUGGAUUGUUGAGACCAUCCGAGCUUAUCUGUCUUCGCAGGCACGAUUUGUCCCUGCCCGAGGAUCACCUGGAAGGCGAAGUAGUCUACAUCCGUGUGGGACACCCAAAGACGAGGAAUCGUGCAGCUCACAGUCAGCAUGUCCGAGUGGACGAGCCGGGAGUUGCAGCUUGGGUAUCUCAGAUGAUCAGUUCCACACCGAUGUGGCGUCGCAUCUGGAAUGGCUCGUGGGCGGCCUUCAAGCAUCGGUUCAAUCUCCUACAGAUUGAGGUUCUGAACACCUGUACUUUUCUCCCGUCGUCACUGCGGCCUGGUGGGGCAACUUACUUGUUCCGGCAGUGGGAUGAGAACUUGCCCAGGUUACAGUGGCGUGGACGAUGGCGAUCGUUCCGAAUGCUCGAGAUUUAUGUGCAGGAGCUGGGCGAUGGAGAGCCGACACCCAGACCGCGAUUCCCCACCUACCAAUCUAUGACGGUGAAAGACUCGGAGGCCAAUUCGGGCAAGAGAGCUGCGAAGGGUGCCGCGAAGGGCAAUGGACCGCCAUUGGAGGACCCCGAACCUGGCUCGGUCAUGGGAGUUCAGCCUGUGUUGAACUUGGCGAGGAAGGCCGAGCUCAAGGUGCAACGGCUGACCGCCGGCCGCGACAAGGCCCACAAGCAGUGGGCAGUGUACGACGAGGAACUCAAGCAGACCUUUCUCCGGGAGAAGCGCAAGUUCACCGCGAACAUGCAGAGGCUGGACAAGGAGAUUGCGGAAGCUCUGAAGGCUCAAGACCUGGCCAGGCAAGCUGUAUACCAGACGGUUGCUGGACAUGCGGUGCCCCAGGUGGAUGCGAACCAGGAGGAGGAAGAAAUGGACUGGGAUCGCACAAGGGAGGCCUGGGAACAAGACGACGGAUCGGACCUCAAUGGAGUUCUGAGCCGGGCACUUGCACACGCGGGUGCGGCAGAUGGCUUGUCACGGCUGCCUCCCACGCAUGGACGACCGCAGGCUAUACCUCCACAGCCUGCCUUGGAGACAGCUGGCCUUGCAGCGGCAUCCCCCACCUUUGGUGGCCUGCCCGCCGAUCCCUUUUCUGUACCGGCUGGGAUGCAGGCACAGAUCCUUCGCAUGGCAGACGAGAUGAGGGCAGCUGGGAAGAUGCUGGAGAUGCUCCCACCCUGGAGGAAAGAGUUGCUCAGAAGCGAGCAGCUGGGGUUCCAGGCUGCAUACCGUCAGCCCUUCUUCCCCGGCGUCGUGUGGCCGCCUGUGACGGGCCUUCACCCACGAGACGUCCUCUUCGUAGGCGAGUGCAGGGCAGCAGGAUGUAGUGGGCUUCCGGCCUGUGCUCAGACCUUGAAUUGCGAAUCUGGGUUCCUACACCCACCACUUGGCGUCAGACUUGUCGGUCUGGCACUUGCCUCUGCCUUGCCUGUGGGUGUGGGUGCCACUACACAGCGACGGCCCCACGAUGUCGAUCUGGAGGAGUUAGCCCACCAUGUCGGUCAGCCCCUGCUUGCCGGCCGUUCUACUCCCUUCCCGUCCCCAGAGCAGGGCGGAGCACGUGUUGUUAUGCUCGAAUACCUUUCUGAGCUCCCUGAACCCACAGGUGGUGAAGAUGCCAGGCUCGCUGUUCUCUGCACGCCCCAUCAAGGGCUUGACUACGUCAUGGAUGCGGUCCUUCAAGCUGUGCCGGGGGCCGAUACACAACUUUACGACCGGUGUGUUCCGGCGCGCCCGAUGCAGUUCAGAGGUUGGUGUACCCUGAUUCUGUUCCCUUCCAUUGCCGCACGUUCACCUGAUGGCACUAUGAGGGCCGUCAUUGUCGAUCUGACGUUUGUUGGCGGCCACUACUAUGCCUGCUUCCUGCCGGAGGACAUUGACUUCGAGGAACUCUUGCAUUUUGCGACUAUGCAAGCGUCGUACUCCGAGGUUGAGAUGCUUCUGCAUAUAGGCUAG